AUGGAUUUAAAAGAAAGAAUUUGUUGUAUCUUGUGUUGUCGUCUUGCUGGAUUUCUGCCAUGUGAUUCGCUACCGGGAAGCCAUCUUUGUCGCUUUUCAGUUUAUGCAAUUGAACCUGAUCUCAAAAUUUGGUCUUUAUUUGCAGAUAGUACAUGGAGUCGAUUUUUCCGCAAUGCUGAACUGGAGAGAAUGGUCGAUCAGGAUUUAUCGCGAUUAUACCCGGAACGCGGAAGUUAUUUUCAGACACCAGGAUGCCAAAGUAUGUUGAGACGAAUUUUAUUACUGUGGUGUCUUAGGCACCCGGAAUGUGGUUAUGGACAAGGAAUGCAUGAAUUACUUGCUCCUUUGCUUUAUGUUCUGCAAGUUGAUUUGGAGCGUCUCUCAGAAGUUCGGAAGCUCUACGAAGAUCAGUUUACAGACAGAUUUGAUGACCUUUUAUGUCAAGAGAAUGAUCUUGCUUACAGCUUUGAUUUUAAAAAGUCUCGAGAAUUGAUGGACGAUGGAUUGGAUUCCCAUGGAAAUUCCAUGAAAGUCAAUAGUCUCGAUGAACUUGAUCCUGAGAUACAGACCAUUGUUUUACUAAGUGAUGCUUAUGGAGCUGAAGGUGAACUGGGAAUUGUUUUAUCCGAGAAAUUCAUGGAACAUGAUGCAUAUUGUAUGUUUGAGGCUUUGAUGAAUGGAGCCCAUGGUUCAGUUGCAAUGGCUGAUUUCUUCUCUUCCUCCCCUGUAUCCGGGUCCCAUAGUGGUCUUCCUCCUGUGAUUGAAGCUUCUACUGCACUGUAUUAUUUGUUGUCUCAAGUAGAUUCAUCUCUUCAUAGCCAUCUUUUUGAUCUUGGGGUUGAACCCCAGUACUUUUCUCUCCGAUGGUUGCGAGUUUUAUUUGGACGAGAAUUUUCACUUCCCAACCUCUUGAUCAUCUGGGAUGAGAUAUUUGCAUCAGAGAAUAAGAGCAAUGAAAACAGUUCUGAUGACUGUGAGCUCAGAAUCUUAAAUUCACCCCGUGGAGCAUAUAUCUCAGCUAUGGCAGUAGCAAUGUUACUUCAUUUAAGAUCUUCACUACUUGCAACUGAAAACGCUACAAGGUGUCUCCAGAGAUUAUUAAACUUUCCUGAAGACAUCAGUAUCGAAAAACUAUUAGAGACGGCCAAAUCCUUGCAGGCUGUUGCACUAAGUGUUAAUAUUUCAUCAUCAUCACGUUUGUUUUCGGGGUUCCAUUACCAAAAUAAAUCGAUGUUUAGUAGAUCUGUGACCCUUUCAUCCGAAUCCGUGUCUCCGCAAACUCCUCUGAAUUUGUUACCUGAUAGCUACUGGGAAGAAAAAUGGAGAGUUGCGCACAAAGCUGAAGAACAUAGGCAAGAUGAUCUAGAAAAACAGGUUCCCAUUCGGAAAAAGGGAUGGACUGAAAAGGUAAAAUUCAGUUUAAGAAGAGCAGAAUCUGGCCCUCCUAGGUCAAGGUUUCAGGGUGGCAAAAAUUUUAGGCGCAGUUUGUUGCAAGAUCUUCGCAAGGCACUUGGCUCAGAUGAGGAUGCAGAGCAAAUGCAGCCAGAUAAAACCCUAUGCCAGAAGGAUAAUCCCUCUGAAGCAGUUGAUGUACAAGAAUAUAGUAGCUGUAAUGGUGACAACAAUUACUCAUCUGAUGAUAGAUCUCCAGGUAGAAAUUCUGGCAGUGAGGAAGACUUGUCUAUAUUUUCUGACCCAAGUAGCCCCCCUAAUGAAGCCAAUGAUCAUGAAAUAUCCUCACGGAAAAGUAGUGUUGCAUCUAAUUCAUCCCUAGACGAAUGCAAUGAAACAUUGGGUACUAGUUCACCAUUGCCAAUCUCUGAUCCUCUUGAGAUCAUUUCUCAGACAUCACGGUGCAAUAUAGAAAAUUCUGAAUGCAUUGAAACUUCAGAUACCAGUGCCAAUGAUCAACCCCUUCCAACCUCUUCUCCUCCUGAGAACAUUUCUCAGACAUCAUUCUGCAAUACAGGAAAUUCUGAAUGCGAUGGAACCGCAGAUACCAGUCCCAUUGAUCCACCCCUUCCAAUCUCAGGGUGCAAUAAAAAUGAAGCUGAAAAUAAAGCCACGUCUCCUAAAGAGAAAAAGCAGAAUAAGUUGCAGUGGCUUUGGCCAUUUGGACGGAAUACUGCUGAGGCUUUAUCUGAGAAAGCAGGUGCCACGGAAUCUGCCAACCGUGGUAGCACUCAAAAUAAUGCUCCACAAGCCGCCUCAUCCACAACUAAUGAGAAUGGUAGUUCUGUUAGCUGCAGAGGAGAAUCAGUCGACCAGAAUGUGAUGGGCACUUUGAAGAAUAUUGGGCAGUCAAUGCUUGACCAUAUUCAGGUAAUUGAAUCUGUUUUCCAACAAGACCGCAAAGGCCAGGUUACUGCCAUGACAGCUCUCAAAGAGCUUCGGAAAAUUAGCAAUCUUUUGUCAGAGAUGUGA